AUGAGUGUUGUUCAGGAUGAACAACACGUUCAAGCGAGAUCGACAAACAGAGAGUCUAUCGAAGGGAAAGUGACUGUGGUAGUGCACCCACAUUCAGCACACGUAUCUAAAGAAAGUUCCAGCGUUCCUGAGAGUGAUAACUCCCGAGAUAGUUAUGUCGAGGGUGUGGAUCCCCACCCACCUGCGGAUUUGUUUUCCAAGGAAAGCACUGAGGCAGUGAAUGUCUUGAUGAGUGAUGGAUCAAAUGUGGGCGCUUGUACACUUGAUCUGGUGACGCCCCCGAAGUCAGCUUCGGAGGUAGUCAAGUUGUCAACGCUAGAAUCUAUAACUUUCUUGCGAGAUCUGCGUAGCGACAAGAUCAAGCAGAUCUGCGUACUCGUCACAGAGGACGAGUACGUCGCCGAUAUCCGGUCGGCACGAGUGUUUGCUGAGAACGAACGGGGGAUCAGUAGCUCAUCGAUGGACGAGAGUGUCCUCGAUGAGAAGACUCGGAUUGAGCGAUACACGUCUCAAUCUUGGGAGGUCUCUAAAGUCAAAUCUUUCGUGUAA